AUGUCAAACAAUGUCGCAGCAACUGAAACUACCGAAGAUCAACGGAGUGCCAUCAACAGCAGCCACGCCACAAAAGAUCUUAUCCAGGGUGGCAAGCCUGAAGCUAUCGAAUAUGCCGAUCGAAGCCACGAGCCAGUGCCACACUUCCACGCAAAGACAUUCCUGAUCUUGUUUGCCGUCAUGGCAGUCUACUUCGCUCAGCUGGUACAUCUGGUAGGGACCGGAGCAUACGCCAGAGCCAUCACGAGCACUGUCGGUGGAUCCCAAGACGCAGUGUGGAUGGCCUCCAUCGCAGUCAUUGUGACGGUGGUGGCCUCACCUCCUGUGAGCCAGGCGGCAGACUACUGGGGUCGAAGGUGGUUCAUGAUCAUAACGACAUUUUGCGGCGUGGUGGGCUCGGUCAUCAUCGCCAGAGCCAUGUCUAUCGGAACCGCCCUCGCCGGCGCCGUCAUCACCAGUCUAUCCUUUGGUGCACAGCCGCUGCUACAUGCCGUCGCCUCCGAGGUCAUUACUCAUCGCAAUCGGGCGGCUGCGCAGGCUGUAAUCAAUGCGGCCAAUGGGCUCGGUGGCAUCACGGGCAUUCUGAUGGGUGCGGCUUUCACGCAAGAUGGGAACCCUGACGGCUUCCGAAAUUAUUGGUACGUCACAGCCGGGAUCUAUGCUUUGGCCACCAUCAUCCUCGUGGUGUGUUAUACGCCUCCGCUACGGGAGACACAGCUCAGAUACACUUUCAGAGAGAAGCUCCGCCAUUUGGAUUGGAUUGGCUAUGUCCUGCUGGCUUUAGGGCUGGUUCUGUUCGUGAUGGGCUUAUCAUGGGCCGAAAAUCCUUACUCGUGGAAGGACGCACACGUUCUUGGCCCCUUGCUCGCCGGAGCUGUCAUUUCUAUUCUCUUCAUUCUCUAUGAAUGGAGGUUCAAAUCUGAUGGAAUGAUCCAUCAUCGACUAUUCUCUCGGGAUCGCAAUUUUGCUAUCGCGCUCGGGUGCAUUUUCUGCGAGGGGCUGGUUUUCUUCGCCGUCAACGCAUUCAUGGCAUAUGAAGUGAGUGUUCUGUACGACAGUGACACGAUGAGAGUGGCAUUGCACUUUUCCGUCACUCUCUUCGUAUAUUCUCUAUGUGUCAUAGGUCCAGCGAUCUAUUGUUACAAAACUCGACGCGUCCGAGUCCUAGCGAUGAGUGGCUUUGCAUGCUUCCUCACUGGCAACAUCUGCAUGGCAACCCUGGGUCUUGGCAGCGCCAAAGCUGCUUGGGGUUACCCGGUGUUCUUUGGCGCCGGGUUAGCAAUCUGUAUUACGGUGCUGCUAACGGCGGCCCAGUUGAGCGCCCCCCCUGAGCUGAUUGCGAUAACCAGCGGUCUGAUGAUUUCUGUACGUUCCCUUGGUGGUGCAGUCGGUCUUGCUAUUUACACGGCUGCAUUCAACUCCAAACUUUCUGAGACCGCAGGAAAGAAGAUUGCGAAUGCCGUCCUCCCUCUUGGGCUGCCGAGUUCAUCGUUAUCCUUGCUCAUCCUUGACAUUCUCACUGGUAACAUCGGAGGACUUCCAGAUAUUCCGGGCAUAAGCCCCCAGAUUAUCCAAGCAGGAGUCCUUGCCUUUCAGCAAGCUUUUGCUGAGUCCAUCCGUGCGGUUUGGAUCACGGCUGCUUGUUUUACGGCUGCUGCCCUGGUUGGUGAGUUUCUGUGUACUAGUGACUAG